AGAAGAUAUCGAUACGAUAUGCGUAGAUGCUGCCAACAAGCUACAAAAUAAUAAAAAGAAAAAGAGAUUACUCUUUAAUUAUGUGUUUGUGUUUGUAAAAGAACAGCGCAUUUAUUUGCAAGACAAGCAAGGAAGCAAGCAAGCGGCAUGAGUUGGUUUGAAAAAGCUCGCACCGUUUUAAUUGAGGCGCUCGAUAUUCAGGAUGAUGACAGCAAGGCAACAGCAACAACACCAACAGCGGAUAGCAACGUUGCUAGCGGUGCAGGGGGAAGCGGUGGCUCCUCUGGCAGCGGGAGCAACAACAACAGUGCAGCGUCAACCACAGCUGCAGCAUCAACAGCAGCAGCAACGGCGACCGCAGCAUCGUCAUCGAUGGCUACGUCAGCCAUCGAGGGAGCAACGUUCUAUGAUAAUCCGCAUGCCAACGAGAUGGUAACAAUUCCGCCCAGAGCGAGUGCCAGCGAUGCCACCACAGACACUUUGUAUGCCAAUAAAAAACGCCAGUCUGCCACAUCAGAUUCUGUUGAUCUGUUGUCAUCGCCAUCGCCCACCACGCCCUCGUCGCAAAGUGUUGGUGGCUGUAUGCGAAACUCGGAAUCAUCACUGGAGCUGAUCACAGCGCCGAGUACAGCCAGCGAAAUGGAGCUGCAAAUGUCACCGGACACGGAGCCCUCGCUGCCUGACAGCAUUGUGAUCAUAGCCAGCAAUGAGACGUCGUCCGACAAUGCGGAAGAGGAUGAUGAAGAUGAUGAUGGACAGGCUAUUAACUUGGAACAGGACGAUCAUUCGUUACAUCUAAAUGAUUCUACAAAGACCAUGAAAGCGCUGGUCUUUAGCGAUACGCAGACGGCUGCCAACGUGUCGGGAUCAGGUGCUGGCGCCGAUUCGGACUCCACGCAAAGCUUCGAGGACAUACAGCUGCAGCUGAGCCAUAAGAGUCCGCAGCCAGCGGCAAGCAUCAGCAGCAAAGCGACAGAAAUGGUGGAUCAAAGCUAUUCGUCGACGUCAUCAGAUAUUGAGAUCAUCUCGAAUCCCAACGGCGGCGAUUCAAGCACGAACAGCACCACAACACGCACCAGUCCGCAAAAGUUCAAGGAGCUGUGCGGCGCGAUGAAGCAACCGCAGGCGCUUCAUGCGUUGCACGCUCAUCCAGGUGUCAAAGGCAAGGGGCAUCAUCGCGAACCGUCGGAGAUCUCGCUGCUGUCCGAGUCGGAUUCGCAGUCGGAGCUGGACAAGCUGGUGCAUCGCAUUAGCGAACUCAAUCAGGUGAUUGAGGCACGCGAACAGCGACUACUUCAAUCGGAGCGACAAAAUGCCGAGCUGCUCGAGCGCAAUCAGCAGCUUUGCGCCCACGUGGAGGCGGCGAAGCACAGCGCCGAGAGCACGGAAGCCAAUGAGGCGGUGCAACGGCUGUCGGCGCUGGAGAAGAAGUUCCAGGGUAGCAUAAGGGAACGCGAUGCAUUGCGCAUACAGAUCAAGAGCCUGAAGGACGAGCUGCUCAACAAGAUACCCAGAGAUGAGCUGACCGAGUGCAAUGAGAUGAUUGCGGGCCUGCAGUCAGAGGGCGAGAAGCUGUCCAAGGAGAUAUUGCAGCAGUCGAACAUCAUCAAGAAGCUGCGUGCCAAAGAGAAGACAUCGGACACGCUGCUCAAGAAGAACGGCGAACAGAUCUCGUUGCUGUCGAGCGAAUCGGAGCGUUUGAAGAAAUCGCUGGCCGCCAAAGAGGAGAUGGAACGCAGCCAAAUCGAGGCUGUCAAUCGGAUGACAAACGAGAAGCGACGCGUCGACGAAGAAAAUGCCGAGUGUCGCAGUCGCAACGAGGAUUUGCAAUCGAAGCUGGCCGCGCUGCAGGCAAGCUUCGAUGGCGUCAAGGGCGAUUUGCAGCAGCGUCAGCGACACGAACAGCAUCAGAUACAGGCCGAGAAUCAGGAGUAUGUGCAGCAGUUGAGCGACAUGCGCGAGAAGUUGCGUUUGACCGAGCACAACAUGGCCAAGCGGGAGCAGCAGCUGCGCGAGGAGAAUCGUGAGCUGUUGCGUCGCUUGGAGGCCGCCGAGUCGCGUGCCGAGUCGAGCACCCAAGAGCUGAGUGUGUCCACAACGCCGUUAAUACGGCAGAUUGAAUCGCUGCAAAAGACGCUAAAUCAACGCAACGCCAGUUGGAGCAAAGAUGAGCAGCAGCUGCUGCAGAAGCUGGAGGAUUCGCAGGCACAGUUGCGUUCCUUGCAGCAGCUGGAAUCUGUGCAGCACGAGAAGCAGGAGCUGUUGCGCACACGUUGCGCCCUGCUCGAGGAGAAGCUGGCCAAUGCGCUGAUGCAAUCGGAGAGCGCCAAGAUAACGCUGCGUCAGCAGGAACUCGACGCCAGUCUCAAGGAGAGCGACUACCAGAGUCAAGUGGCCGCAUUGCAGGAGCAGCUGCAACAGCGCCAACAGAAGCUCGACACACUGUUGGAGCAGUGCCAGCAGCUGGAGUCGGAAUCGGAGCUGCAGCGCAAACAGCAGCUGCAGCAUCAGCAGCGUGCCUUCCAGCCCAACAGCGAGCUGACCGUGGAGGCGGUUAAAGCCAGCAGCGAGCUGGCCGAGAGUCGCUGCCUCAAGCAGCAGCAACAGCAGCUGCAUGCUUCACCUCCACUCAGCCUGGUCGAUGACAGCGGCUCCACAGAGGAGGCGCUGGGCGGCAUUAUCGAUUGGCAGGGCGAUGACCUGGAGUGCGCCUCGAAUAGUGGACGGCAGCCGUCGGGAAUGAUACAGGGUGUGCAUCUGAGCUUCUUGGCCGGCAAUACCACAACGCUGGAGCAUCUGCAGGCGCUGCUGAAGCAACGCGAUGGCGAGCUCACGCAUCUGCAGUGGGAAUUGUCGCGUCUGCAGGCGGAGCGCGGUGUGCUCGAUGGCGAGAUCUCUAACCUAACCAUCGAAUUGGAAACGCUGAAGGAACGCGUCGUCAGUUAUGAGGCCAUGGAGAAGGGCUACGAGGAUCUGCAGCAUCGCUACGAUGCCUUGCUGCAAAUGUAUGGCGAGAAGGUGGAACGUACCGAGGAAUUGGAGUUGGAUCUGGUCGAGCUGAAGCAGGCGUAUAAGCUUCAAAUCGAUGAGCUACUCGCGGCGCCGCCACCAAAUCUACAGCGGACUCCCAAGCACCUCUGAUUGCCAUCGUUGCCAUGUCGGAGACGCAACUAACAAGCAUUGAUUUGUAUUUGUUUCUGGCUAAACAGUUGUCUGUGUCUUCUCUCUUCAUUCCUUUGCUUAAUCAGAUCACACACAAACACACAUUUUCCAGUAAAAUUUCCCUGCCUCUCUGUACGUCCUCGCUCCCCUAUGAAUUAUCCAUGUUUAAUCGUCAUACACAAAACAUCCAAGUAACUAUUAUUUGCGUGUUGAAAUUUCUAGUUAUAUUAUGCAUAUAUUGAUCGAUUGUG